AGAGAGCACAAACUCAGAGUCUUGGUCUACUUUGUAGACAUGUCAUCCAUUCUGCGCUCAAGGGCGGCUCGAAUAACUCUAUCGAAUCUUUCGCCGGCACAAGACUCACAGCACGCGCAAAAACGCCUCGGCAGAGGUCAAGGCUCUGGUCGUGGUGGAACGUCAGGACGAGGUCACAAGGGCCAGAAGGCUCGCGCAGGCAAUGGUAAACCUAAAGCUGGAUUUGAGGGUGGUCAGACCCCAAUUACGAAGAGAUUCCCGAAGAAGGGCUUUGUGAAUCCGAACCGGAAGGUAUACGCGCCCAUCAACCUGGACCGGAUACAGCAUUGGAUAGACCAAGGUCGACUACACUCAUCGCCUGAGAACCCUAUUACGGCCCGCGAUUUGCUGUUAAGCGGAUGCAUUCACAAUGUGCACGAUGGAAUCAAACUUUUGGGCGACAACGCUCCAUUUUUGAAAACACCAAUCCACAUUACUCCUUCUCGUGCAUCCCAAAGUGCCAUCAAGGCAGUUGAGUCACUUGGAGGAAGUGUCUUCUGUAAAUACUAUAACCCGCUGGCUCUUCGUGAUUGCGUCAAGAGCCGUGAGGAUCGUAUUUCAGCAGCACCAACCCGCCGCACGGACAUUUUGUGGUACACUGACUGGCGCAACCGAGGAUAUCUUUCUCCUCAAGCUCUUGAGAAAAAUCCUAAAGUUGAAGAGCGAUGGAAGGAAUUGUCUAAGCAAUUGCUCUCUUUCAAGGAUCAGACUUUCGAUACUAAGGGCAUCAAAAAGAUGUAGAUGUGCUAGACAGAUUAUGAUACAUUCGUGGGCUCGACGUCCAUCCUAUCUGGAG